AUGGUAGUCGAUAAAACUCUUUAUGAUGUUCUUGGAGUCGAAGAAAAUGCAACAACAGAACAAAUCAAUAAAGCUUUCAAGAAAAAGUCAUUAGAACAUCAUCCAGAUCGUGGUGGCAAUCAUGAAAUGAUGCAGCAAAUCAAUGCUGCUAAAGACGUCUUGACUGAUCCAAAAAAACGAGAAAUAUACGAUCGAUAUGGGUUAAAAGGAAUGAGAUCGGGCAUGGGCGAAGAAAACUUUCAUGGAUUUUCGGGGUUUCCUGGAAACAUUUUUGACAUAUUUGAUUUAUUCGACCGAGGAUCAAAUCGUCGAGGACGAGCAGCACAGCCCAAAGGCAGUGAUAUUAGACAAGUUCUGAGAGUGUCUUUAGAAGAAUUGUAUUCAGGCAAUAAGAGAACAAUCUCAGUCGAUCGUGAAGUAGUUUGUACGGACUGUAAUGGUACUGGUUGUCACGAUGGAAUAAGUCGUGAGUGCACGAAAUGUGAAGGACACGGCAUUGAGACAAGAGUCUUUAGAAUGGGUCCGAUGAUUCAACAAACGCAAGGUAAAUGUUCAUCAUGCAAUGGCGAAGGUACCAUGAUCAACUCUAGAAAUUGCUGCAAAAUUUGUCGUGGUAAGAAAGUUGUUCGACAAACGAAGAAUAUGGAUGUAGAUAUAGCACCUGGAAGUCAUGAUGGAGAAACGAUCAAGUUUAGUGGUGAAGGAAACCAAGUACAACUGGAAGCCAUUCUACCACCAAAACAACGCGUUAGACUGAACAGUAAAGAACAUUAUGAAGAAACUGAAAUGCUAGAAUGUGAACCACCACGAAAGAAGUCUCAAAAGCAACAUUUCGGAAACGGUCACCACUAUUAUGGAACAGAGGAUGAUGAAAAUGACGAUGUUCAUGGUCAUUCUCAAGGUGUUCGAUGCCAGACACAAUAG